UGGCUGGUGGCUGAGUGGGGGCCUGGGGGUCUUUGAGAGGAUGAGAAAGGCUGGGGAGAUGGAGCAUGGGAGAGGGAGAAGCUGGCGUGAGUUCUAGGCUGGCGUGUGGGUGAUGGAGAGAGAGUGGUCGAGAUGGGAGACACAAGCCAACUUGAGAUGAGCUGGGGUUGUGGGGGGACAGAAAGUGGUGGAGGCCAUCAAAUGACAAUGUCUAGUGUCCUCCACCCCAUCCAGAGGACACCAGGGGGUCAAGGUGCAGCCCUGGCUCCUACCUGGAGAGUUUUAGAGCUAGAAUUGCUCAGCUCACUCUUUCCAACCGACUUGAAUUAUCUUAAAGCAAAGGAAACAGGCCCUGAAGUUCAAGCAGCUCAUCAGUAUGGCUUGGAGGGUGGAGGAAAGAGCUAAGGAAGAGCUUUGGAAAGGAGGAAGGAUAAAAUUUUUCAGGUGGGAAGAAGAGAAACUAAUGAAUGGUGGAAAGGAGGAGAAAGCACAUUAGAACUUUUCCAAACCACUCUGACAGCUUUCACGGGGGGACAGCGGUUUACCCAUUUAUACACAGCAUAUUUGGGGCAGGAGGGCACCCUGACUCCUGCCCUCUGCUCUUAUGCUGGUUCUGCUAUAGAGGUCAGGUCUCAGUAUCUCCAAGGCACUUCUUGCCCCCUCUGCAGUGGGGAUGGGGUGGUCUGCAGGGGAUGCUGGGAGGACCCCAAGCCUGGGCCUGAGCCCUGGGUUUGCAUAGUGUGGAGAGGAGAAGCACCCUCACUCUGUGGGUAAGUCCCUUGUACUCACCGGGCACAACCUGUGUAGGGGAACAUCUCCAGGCCUGGCUUUGGGCAUGACUCAGAAGAAGAGCUGUUGUCUUGGGGUGCCCCUUGACUCCCUCCUCACCUCUCCCUCACCUCCUGAUGUCCUCCUGCACCACUAGGUGGCCAGGGGGGUCCUAGAUUCAUCUGGUUGCCUCCCAGCCUGGCAGCACCCAGGCUUCCCUGCUUCUCAGUCACCACCUCAGGAAAACCCAUUCCUUAGAGGGCAGCAAAGGCAGAAAGGAGAGCAGACUAACUGAAUAAAUUUGCCCAUAGGUUGUGAAUGGCUACUAGCCCCUUUUCCCACAGGGACAUUAUAAUUUUAGGAGAAGGUACCUCCCACCCCAACGUUAACCAAGCACCUAAGACCCAGUGCUGUGCUUGACCUUGGGUUUGGUGUGUGUUAUUUCACUUGGCCCUGCCCCUGAACUCCCUGGGCAGGUGUUAUGUUUCUGUUCCAAAUAGGGGACCCAAAUUCCUGAGAGUUUUAGCAAGUUCCAAGGUCACACAGCUAGCAGUGAUAAAGCCAGGACAGCAGUUGGGGUCUCCUAAGGCCGAGUUCAGCCAGUACUUAGGUUCCACAUCACCGGUGUGUGUUCAAGAGAAGCAUCUUGGAUGUCAGGGCCAAUGAAGGAGAUGACCUGAGGGCCAUGGCCUCCAGCCCGAGAGGGCAUCUGUGGCUCUAAGUCUACUUGUAAAACUGUGUGCACAUGAUCUGCUCGUUAUCAGUAGAGGACUCCCCCUGGCCAGGUGGACCCCUACCAUCUAAACCCCAGGUCCUGGGACAAGAAGGUUGUCACUGAGGAAGGGCACUUCAGACCCUGGUCUUACUGUCUCCCCCAUCCUCUGUCUGAAAUCUCAAAAGGCAAAUAGCUGACUGUGAGGGAGGGUGGUAGAGAGGGUCUUCUAUGGGUGGGUGUUAACAGAACUGGGUGGUUAGAACCUUAGAGCUGGAAGGGGUCCAGUCCAGUCUCCUCGUCUUACAGAGGCAGAAGCUAGGGCUCAGAGAAGGGAUCCCAUAUGCCCAGGAUCACUCUGUGAGUUAGCAGCUGAAAUGUUUCAUGCGUUUUUGAGGCCCAAAGAGAGGGGGGUGCAAGACUUUAAUGUUUAGCAACUCAAAGAACCCAUUUCUGAGCCUCACAUCUGUGCUGACAUUUCCUUCACCAUGUGCCACCUGAGCAGCCCUCACUUCUGCCCUGCACAGGUGAUGCUGACUUUAGAGGACAAGGGCAUGAAGGGAUUUACGUGGGCCAUAGCCCCAGCCAUGACCUCCCUGGGCUACCUGCUCAUACUGCUGGUCUCCAUCUUUCCCUUCUGGGUGCGGCUGGUGAAUGAAGAGUCCCAGGAAGUGUUUUUCAGUGGCCUGUUUGAAAACUGCUUCCAUAUCAAAUGCUGGAAGCCUCGACCCUUAUCUGCUCUUUCCAAGGAUCCGGAAGCAGAAUUUUGUGACAGCUUCCAUCAGCUUCCUCACAGGCUGACCAAGGCCCUACCUGGGGAGGCUCCCACCAGAUGGAGAAGGUGGAACGCUCACAGUGGGAAAUCAGGGGCCUGUGCUUUCCUCGCCUUGUUGCUGCAUGCCUUGGAGAUCCAGAGUCUGAGGACCAAGCUCAGCCCCUACCAGUUCUCCGUGCAGUGGCCUUACUAUGUCCUGAUCUUUGGCAUCCUUCUCUUCAUAGUGGCUGGUGCCAUCUGCCUCUUUCAAGAAACAGCCUACCUCAGCUGCCAGUUGUUGCCCAUUUCCCAGAGUACUGAGGAGACCCAAGGGAUCCGGCACCAGGAGAAUCUGGAGAGUUUGGGAGGAGACCUGAACUCAAUACAAAAGGAGACCCUGCUCAAGGAAGAAACAAUUAUUUAGUCCAGGAUAGACUGUCCUCUGCCCUCCAUCCAUCUGUGGGAGUGUACCUGAGUAGGUAUGUGUGGCUCCCCCUUUGUGGCCGGUCUCUGCUACUUUGGAUGAGUUUCUUGAGAGUCAGAUCAACCCUCCACUUCCCCAUACUCACAAUGACUCUAUCUUGCUCAUAUUUGAAAUUUGUUAAAAGUUUUAAAAAUU